CGUGCGCCCCGGUUGAUAAGAAAGUCAAUCCACGUGUAGCGUUGGACUAAUGCUUGGGUAACUGAGCUAGGGGCGUGUGCGUCGCGCUUGAGCCAAGAGUUCCUCUUCAGGCAGCACCUCUUGCUGUUCACGAUCACCCUUCGCAACCUUCGAUCGGGACAAAAUGCGAUUGUUACAAGGCUUUGUGGCUCUUACAGUUCUCUCACUGUCAAGCGUCGCUUUUGCUUCGACUGAGACAGAAGCGCAAUUGUACCUUCACCCUGCGCAACCUAGCGACAAUGGGCUGGGAAGUCAAUUGACAGCUCCCGCAUUUGAUGAUGUUCUUUCCAAAUAUCUUGGUGUUGAAGAUGCAUCUCAAUUCAAGGAUGAUGUGAAACAGCGGACAGUGAUCUUGUUUUCGGGAAUGGACGGUAUUGAUCUGACAAGCAUCAUUCCUUCCAAAUUGAGGAAUAGCCACUCUGUUUCUUCGCCUCCCCAUAUCUCUUCAUUCGAGGCUUUAAUGAACGAUUACGGUCAAAGAAUCUAUGAUGCACAAACACCAACAAUCGCUGCUGCGCAAAAGAUUGUGAACUACUUCGGAAAGGCAGCAGAAGAGAUGGGAGAUGCUUUGGGAAGUGCUACAAACUGGGUCUUUGGUACAGCACAAAAUGCAGCAAGUUUGGAUAAAAAGUUCAUUGAUGAAACAGAACUAGCAGCUGGUGAUGUAUCACGACCUUUCUAUCAAAGUCUAAGAAGCUUAAUUGCUUAUCUGGAUACGAUGGGAAAGUCUGCUUCAGAAGAGAAGGAUGCCGGUCAAUCUGCUUAUCAAGCCUUGCGAUUUGAUGGAUUGCAAGAUAUCAAAGCGUCAUAUGGGGAAAAGAGCCCGCAAUUCCAGCGUGCUGUGCAAAUGCUCAGUGACGUUUUGAACGCCGCUGUUGACAAGAUGGACGCUGUACAUGCAACUAGACCUCAAGCACUUGCUCUCGUAUUCGUUCCAAGAAGUGAUGAAGAUGCAUCAACCCUUGACAAACGUGGUGAGCCAUUGGCACCUUUCCGUGGCACGAUCGGAGUUACACCUUUCCUUGCAACUCGUGAUUUGGAAGACGAUGUGCCAAGCUUGGUACGUCAAUCAACUCUUGCCAAAUCCUCCGACAUUCCACCUGAGAGUCAAUUAUCUGGUAGAUGCUUCACCUCGGAGGAUGAUCUGAACAAAGCAACGAACAAAUGUUCCGGCAGAGGAAAAGCCAUUCAAUCAAGCAAAGGUGGACGAAAAUGCUAUAGAUGUCAAUGCGAAAAGACUGAUGGUAAAGAAUGGGCAGGAUCUGCAUGUCAAAGACCUGACAUUUCCAAACCAUUUGCCCUUUUGGCAGUCACAACGAUUGGUUUGGUCUUGGUAGCGUUUUGGUCAAUCCUUUACCUUUUCUACGAAGGAGAGAAAGAACUUCCGAGCGUGCUGGCCGGUAUAUCCAUCCCAAAGAAACAAUUGUAGACAGUACACCAUUGUUAGCAGAGCGGAACA